UGGUCCGGGCACAGGAUGGCGGAGGCGGGGCAAGAGGCGGACUCCUCGUCCUCGCUUGCGUCAGUGUUGAGCACGGGGCGGGGCUGGAGGCCUAUGAGCUCUAGGGCGUCCUGCCCCGCCGGAAGUGAAGGUGCGGAUCGGGCCGUGGGCUCUGAGAGGGUGAGGCGCGAGGAAACACCAACGCCAAGGAUCAGUGGGGGCCGGUGGGGAACGCUGCAGCUGGGGUCAUUGAGGGGCACCCCUGGGCCUGAAGGGCUUUUGCAAGGCGCCCCUGCCCGGAUGGCAGCAGUCGUUCUAGGGGGAGACACCAUGGGUCCUGAGCGUAUCUUCCCCAGUCAGACUGAGGACCUGGGGCCACAUCAGGGUCCUACCGAAGGAACCGGGGAUUGGAGCAGCGAAGAACCUGAGGAAGAGCAGGAAGAAACCGGAGCAGGCCCGGCAGGCUACUCCUAUCAGCCCCUCAACCAAGAUCCUGAACAAGAGGAGGUGGAACUGGCAUCGGUGGGCGAGGGAGAGGACAUAGUUGCAGACAUCCAAGAUCGAAUCCAGGCCCUGGGGCUUCAUCUGCCAGACCCGCCACUGGAAAGUGAGGACGAAGAUGAGGAGGGAGCUGCAGCGUUGAGCAUCCACAGCUCUAUUCCCAUGGACCCAGAACACGUAGAGCUGGUCAAAAGGACCAUGGCUGGAGUAAGCCUGCCUGCUCCAGGGGUUCCUGCCUGGGCUCGGGAGAUAUCGGAUGCUCAAUGGGAAGAUGUGGUACAGAAAGCCCUCCAAGCCCGGCAGGCAUCUCCUGCCUGGAAGUGACCACAGUGAGAGCUGCCUUAUCUCCCCUACGUUCCAAGCCAGAAACAACACAGGACUGAUCACACCUCUGGUUUUAACAUCCAUCUCCAUCUUCCCAUGUCCCUUUUCACAUCAAGGUAAAUCAGACCUCUCAGAGACCCACUUUAUUCAGUUCUGUACAUACGGGGACAGUGGCCCAAGCCCAACCCACCUUAGCAUGUAUCACUGUGGAGAAUAAAGCACCCUAUGUACACA